UAGCAUUUCAUUGCCUGUAACGUGACUAAAUUUUCAUUUGUGAGAAAAAAGAAACGAAGGAUUAAUUUACAAACUUUUACAAUUAAAAUAAAUUCUUAUUUUUAGAUUUUGAACUUUCUUUGUAUUAUAAUAUUUCAUUUGACGUUAAAAGUGACUGAACAAUGAAUAUCUGGAACAAAGCGGAACAGAUUCCUCCAGAUGAUGUUUAAUUUCCCGCAACAUAACCUACAUUCGAAGCAAAGAUAGUGGUGAUUAAUUGCAUUUUGCAUUUUCUUACCUUUAUUAGUGAUUAAAAAAUGGAGGAAAGCAGUUCGAUAAAAGAGCAGGAUCAAGAAAAUCCAAAGGAAACGUCAUGGAAAGAAUUGGGUAUCAUAGAUACAUUGUGCAAAGCAUGCGAAGAUCUAAAGUGGAAAUCACCUACAAAAAUACAAUGUGAAGCUAUUCCAUUAGCGCUUGAAGGUAAAGACAUAAUUGGAUUAGCAGAAACUGGAUCUGGUAAAACUGCCGCAUUUGCCCUUCCUAUUCUACAGGCACUCUUAGAAAAUCCACAGAGAUAUUUUGCAUUAAUUUUAACACCUACCAGAGAGCUGGCCUUUCAAAUAUCAGAGCAAUUCGAAGCUUUAGGAUCAAGUAUUGGAGUGAAAUGUGCAGUAAUAGUAGGUGGAAUGGACAUGAUGUCGCAAGCUUUGUUAUUGGCAAAGAAGCCACAUAUUUUAAUUGCCACUCCAGGUAGAUUAGUUGACCACUUAGAAAACACCAAAGGAUUUAAUUUGCGUUCUUUAAAAUUUUUGGUCAUGGACGAGGCUGAUAGAAUUUUAAAUAUGGAUUUUGAAGUCGAGGUAGAUAAAAUUUUAAGGGUAAUUCCUCGAGAAAGGAGAACGUUGUUGUUCUCCGCGACAAUGACCAAGAAAGUUCAGAAAUUACAACGAGCAUCUUUGCAGAAUCCUGUUAAAGUGGAAGUUUCAACAAAGUAUCAAACUGUUGAAAAAUUGCAACAAUAUUAUAUUUUUAUACCUGUCAGAUUCAAGGAUGUUUAUCUAGUACAUAUUUUAAAUGAAUUAGCUGGUAACAGUUUUAUGAUAUUUUGUGCAACUUGUAACAAUACAGUUAGGACUGCCCUUCUUUUACGAAAUUUGGGCUUCACUGCAGUUCCUUUACAUGGACAAAUGUCACAGAAUAAGAGAAUAGCCGCUCUUACCAAAUUCAAAGCAAAAAAUCGAUCUAUACUUAUUUCCACAGAUGUUGCCAGCAGGGGUCUUGAUAUACCUCAUGUAGAUAUUGUAAUAAAUUUCGAUAUACCUACGCAUAGUAAAGAUUAUAUACAUAGAGUUGGACGUACUGCACGUGCUGGUCGUUCUGGUCGUUCCAUUACAUUUGUAACACAGUAUGAUGUAGAAUUGUAUCAAAGGAUAGAACAAUUGAUAUCGAAACAAUUACCCUUAUAUCCGACGGAAGAAGAAGAAGUAAUGGUGCUUCAAGAAAGAGUAGCUGAAGCACAACGUAUUGUAAAAAUGGAAAUGAAAGACAUAGAGGAUAGUAAAAAAUUAGGUAAACGAAAAAGACAUCAAGACGACAAUGAAGAUGAUGAUACGGAACAAUUUAUAGGAGUUAGAAAAAGGAUAAAAGGCAAAGAAAGGGUAAGGGAAAAGGGUAAAAGUAAAGGAAAGGGUAGAAAGGGUUAAACAGUUUUACUACCUUAUCAAAUACAUUUACUUUUUCUUAAUAAAUAAUAGAAAUGCAA